AUGGGCGGUGGUUAUCCAAUUCCCGUUGAAUCACUAGGAUCAACAAACUAUUUAAACCUUCCUGAUUCAAACCCUCUAACUUCAAACCCACCUCCGGUGUCAACCCCACCUCCGGUUUUAACCCCACCUUCGGUUUCAACCCCACCUCCAUUGUCAAACCCUGAAUAUGAUGAUCCAUUUGGUUGGACGGAUGAAGAGUUGAAUUGGGCGUAUGACUAUACCUUCGCUCAACUACAAUUUGGUGGACUACAAAUUGAGGGGUGCCAUCGUCCGGUGCCAAACACUCCUAUACUUCCUAUGCAUCCUCCACCUUCAAACCCCCCUUAUGUGGAAAACUACAGUCAAACACAAGAACUACCGACCUGGGCUGAAGGGUACGAAACUGACCCUGGGGCGGUUUACGAACCACCAUUGGAUGAAAAAAUGGAUAUGUCUGAUCAUUUUUCCGUUGAAGAAUUUUCAUCAUUGACAAAUGAUAGAGCAUGGUAUAAUAUAAUCUUUGUUAAGGUGGAGUUUAUUUGGCAUGACGUCGAUGGAAAGAGAUUAGUGGUUAUACCACGUCAAGGAGUAUCAAUCAAUGAGGUUCGCAACAAUGACAACAUCGAAGGAGAAAUGGAAGAGGCUAACACACGAAGUGGUAGAACAACCGUGGCUAUGCGAGAUUACUACUGUUACAAGUUCCAGAUUCGAUCUACCGAUAAUGUGCUUUUGUUCGGUGGUAGGCUGCUACAGCAGUUUGUGGUUGAUGUUUACAUCAAAAUUGAGACGUCACGCUUAGAAUUUUGUGAGAGAAACCAGGAAAAAAUUCGAGCCGAAUUGUACCAAGGUAUUGUGGAUUGCGUCAAUACUGGCGAGGUUCAUGCAAACAGAGUCGGGAAAAGAAUUGUGUUGCCUGCAUCUUUCAUCGGGGGGCCUCGCGACAUGCGACGUCGGUUUCUAGAUGCGAUGACGUUAGUUCAAGACGACGGCAAGCCUGAUGUAUUCCUUACAAUGACAUGUAAUCCUAAGUGGCCUGAGAUAUGUGAUAACUUACAUGUUGGUCAAACUGCUACAGAUCGUCCAGACCUUGUUUCAAGAGUGUUCCGGGCUAAAUUAGAAGAUCUUAAGGAUCAACUCUUCAAGAAACAUGUCCUCGGGGAAGUUAAGUCAUACGUCUAUGUCAUUGAAUUUCAAAAGCGGGGUUUGCCGCACGCACAUUUUCUCCUAAUCAUGUACCCGCAACACAAGAUCAAUAACGCGGACCAUUAUGAUAAGGUUGUGUGUGCUGAAAUUCCUAACAAACUAACACAUCCCAGAUUGCAUGAGAUGGUUGUCAAGCACAUGAUUCACGGUCCUUGCGGCAAUUUACGAUCAAGCAGUCCUUGUAUGCAGGGUGAUCCUAAAAUUUGUCGUUUUCACUAUCCUAGACAAUUUAACGAACAGACGACACAAGGAGAAGAUUCGUAUCCGUUGUAUCGAAGGAGAGACACCGGGAUAGAAGUGGACCUACGAGGACAAACACUUGAUAAUAGAUGGGUGGUCCCAUAUAACCCAAGGCUUUUGAUGAUGUUUAACUGCCACAUGAAUGUUGAAGUUUGCUCAAGUAUAAAAUCUGUGAAAUAUCUUUUCAAGUAUGUUUAUAAAGGACAUGACAAACAGGUUAUUCAAGUCGAUCAAAGUGAGCCAGGGGUUGUUAUUAAUGAGAUAAAAAGAUUUCAAGAUGCACGCUACAUAUCGCCCCCAGAGGCUAUGUGGCGAUUUUUUUCCUUCUCUCUUUCUCAAAUCUUUCCUGCUGUUCUAGCCUUACAACUUCAUCUCCCAAAUAAUCAGAUGGUUAGAUUUAGAGAUGAUGACUUGAUGCCUAAUAUUGUUGAUAGGGAAAGGGAUAAGAGAACCAUGCUAACAGCAUUUUUUGAUCAGAAUAGAAACGAUGAAACAGCAAGGGUACAUUUGUAUAAAGAUUUUCCAAAACACUAUACUUGGAAUGGAAGCACACGCCGUUGGAGUCGUCGUUUCGGUAAAAAACAAAGAGGUCGUAUCGUUUCCGCUAAUCCAGCCGAAGGAGAAAGGUACUACUUACGCCUACUUUUGUCAAAUGUCAGAGGGCCUACUUCUUUCGAACAUCUUUGCACAGUUAAUGGUCAACGGUGUGCGACAUUUCGGAAAGCAGCUCUUGAGUUAGGCUUAAUAGAAGACGAUGAAUAUCUAUCACAAUGUCUCGAAGAAGCCUCUACGUUUCAGUUUCCCAAUGCUCUUAGAAGGUUAUUUGCGACCAUAAUGAUUUUUUGCCAACCUGGAGAUGUUCGAAAGUUAUGGAAUGACCACUUUGAUUCACUAUCUGAAGAUCAUCGGUUACACUGUCAAAGUAUAGAACGAGUUCAAAAUAUGGUUCUUACCGAAAUAAGUGUCUUGGUACAAUCCAUGGGUAAAAAUUUCAAUGAAUUCGACCUUCCUAAGAUAACUGACGAUGUUAACUUACAAGAUGCAGGUUAUCGUGAGUUACAAGAAGAGUAUGGGAUUGUUUUGGAACCUGAACACUUGAGUGCCAAACAUUCACUUAAUCCGGACCAAAAAAAUGUGUUUGAUGAGAUCAUGAUGCAUGUUGAUAAUGAUCUUCCAGGCGUGUUCUUUAUUGAUGGUCCAGGUGGAACUGGAAAAACAUUUUUGUACAUUGCCUUGCUUGCUGAAAUUCGGUCACGUGGUCUUAUUGCUCUCGCAACAGCUUCAUCAGGUGCAGCGGCUAAUAAUAUGCCAGGAGGUAGAACGGCUCACUCGAGAUUCAAGAUUCCUCUUAAUCUUGAAAAUAAUUCAAUGUGCAAUAUUAAAAAACAGAGUGGGGCCGCUAAACUGAUUCGCUCUGCCAAAAUAAUCAUAUGGGAUGAAGCGUCGAUGGCUAAACGACAAGCGAUAGAGGCAGUCGAUCGUACAUUCCAAGACAUUAUAGGUGUUAGUCUCCCAUUUGGUGGAAAGAUAAUGGUUAUGGGAGGUGACUUCAGACAGGUGUUGCCGGUUAUCAAACGUGGCACUCGAGCACAGAUUGUAGACUCCAGCGUACGAAUGUCACCUCUUUGGUCUUUGACUAAGAAGAUGCGGUUGACCAUAAAUAUGAGAGCGCUGAAAGAUCCAUGGUUUUCUAAAUUUCUUUUAAGAGUCGGCGAUGGAACUGAAGAACCAAUCGAAGGAAACUAUAUCCGCAUACCCGAUGACAUGACAAUUCAGUGCAACAACAAAGAAAACGCUAUAAAAGAAUUGAUCCAUGCCAUCUUUCCAUCAAUUGAAGAUAAUGUAUAUUCUUCAGAUUAUAUAAUCUCUAGAGCAAUAUUGUCCACUAAAAAUGAUAGUGUUGACGAGAUUAAUAAUCAAAUGAUUGAAAUUUUUCAAGGGGAGGAAAAAGUUUAUUACAGUUUUGAUGAAGCUGAAGACGAUCAGCGCAACUUCUAUCCGGUCGAGUUCUUAAAUUCGCUAAAUGUUAGUGGAUUGCCGCCUCAUAAGCUUCAUUUAAAAAUUGGAUGCCCAAUAAUAUUGUUACGUAAUAUCGAUCCAUCACAUGGCCUGUGUAAUGGCACGCGGUUGAUAUGUAAGGGUUUCAUGCGAAAUGUUAUUGAUGCGGAAAUUGCAGUUGGUCAACAUGCCGGAAAAAGAGUUUUUUUGCCAAGAAUCCCUCUAACCCUUUCUGAAGAUGACAUGUUCCCAUUCAAGCUGAAAAGAAAACAAUUUCCAAUUCGACUUAGCUUUUCCAUGACGAUUAAUAAAGCUCAAGGUCAAACAAUUCCGAACGUUGAUAUUUAUCUACCGGAUUCUGUAUUUUCACAUGGACAACUUUAUGUCGCGUUAUCAAGAGGGAUUUCAAGACAAAGUACGAAGGUGUUGGUACAUCUCGCCAAAGAAUUCAAACAACGCGGAGUUUACACAUCAAAUGUUGUCUACCAGGAAGUGUUGCGUGAUUAA